AUGCCUUCACUGAAGAGGUGCGUGCUCGUCGUCAACAGCCGUAGUGGUAGACGCCAUACCGUGCAGACCUUCGCCAGCACGCUGAAAGGGUACCUCGAUCGCGCCGGCAUUGUGCACCACGACGUACACAUCCCGAAUGAUGAUGCUGCCGAGCAGCUGCAGCGGGCGCUGCCGUGGGCGGAGGCCCUAGUGCUCUGCGGUGGUGACGGCACGGUGAACAGAGCUCUCAAUCUUAUUGCAUCCAUGUCGUUCACAGGCACAGGGCCGAGCAGAGAAGUGUCGCCACGGUCGCUGCUGGAGGCUGUGCCGCUUCUUUUGGUGCCAACCGGCUUGCACAACUCCAUUGCCACCUCGCUCGGUGUCACGUCAGCGGAGCGCGCCGUUUCGAGUCUCGUGGUGGGCCGCACCGCUCGUGUGCCGCUGUGGGCCGUGCACCUGCGCCGUCCACACUCGUCUUCAAGCGCGUUUCCGAUGCGCUACAUGUGCUCCUACGUUUCCACCGGCACUUACGCGGCGUCAGUGCAGCGGCAGAGCAGUUGGAAAGAGGCGCAGGAGGACUACGUUUUCCUGCCCGCCGGACUCCGUGGUUUUGCCGCCACAGCACUGUUCACCACUAUCGAGCACACGCAGCCUAACUCCACGGCGGUGCUGACGCACAUGAGCAACAAGGGCGUGGCCUCCUCCAAGGUUGGUCCGUUGCGUCUCCUCGUUGCCUCGCAGAUGCCGCAGCUGCAGCCCGGCUACUCUCUCACUCCCACUGCGACGUACCACCGGCGGCAACUAACCGUCACCACGGCCACAGCGGAGGUGAGCCGCUUGCGAAUGUGGCACCUUUUGCACCGAGAGGCGAGGGAAGGCUGCAUUCUGGCUGAGGACGGCGUGGCGAUGCAGGAGGGGGUGCGCGGCGUGCGAAUCGACUUCGCUUCUAUUUCAGAGCUCUCGGAUGCUGCAACAUCCUCGACCCAGCUACCAGUGAAUGAUGAGGGUGAGGGAAGCCCGGAAUCAUCGCUGCUGAUGGUGGACGGUGAGGCUGUUCAGGUGCCUGCUGGCUCCUCGGUCACUGUGACGCCGACGGAGCUGUCGGUGCAGCUGAUUGUAAGCUAG